AUAAACAUCAUAUUAAUUGAUGUGUGAAAUAGAAACAAAAAUUGUUUUAAAACACAAAGGAAAUCACGUGUAGUUCUUAGAUGGGUUAAAACAUCGUGGAAUAUAACAGUUUUCAACUUUAUUUAUAUUGAAAUUUAAUCUGUGAUAUAUUACUACUACAAGGGAAAAACUUUAUUUAAAAUGAAUUUCACAGAGGAAAUACGGUUGUGUUUUUUAAGUUCAGUUGUUUUUACCGUAAUUUUCUUGUCAGAUAAUGUAUCAGGUCAGCAAAGGACCACAGAGUGUAAGAACUCUGGAGGGGCCUAUGCAUGGUUAAGCUGUCUCAUAGCCAAAGCCAACAAGGAUAUGUGCAACCCGUCAGGGUGCGCCCGGUAUGCAGGAACAGAAUUCGAAAAAGACCUUACAUGCACUUUUCAGAAACAGAGAUGUGGGGGAUGUCUCCCUCAGUAUAAACUAAACGGAACGGAAGUGAGCUGCAAAGCAUUGGAGCAAACAGGAUAUGAGUGUGCACCUGGUGUUCAAAUGGAAAUCUGCAAUUUGGACGCAUGCGUAGCAACAGUCUGUCGACCAUAUUUAACAGCUCCCUGCAGGAACAACUUUUGUGGCGGUUGUUUUGCAGAAUAUGACGUUGAUGGUCAAUGGAGAAGAUGUCCAAUUGAAGUGUCUGCAAUUCAGCCCGACAGUCCUGUAAUCCCUGGUCAAACAUUAGACGGAUUUCUUGAUGUACCUUCGGCUUCACGUUUUGCUAGUCCCGCAGUAGUCCCACAAAGCCCAGCCAUAGGCGAGGCCAAACCAACAAACCCGAUCAUGCCGACAACGUGUUCGAACGGAGAAUUACCGUGGGAUUGUCCCGCCGACGUGUGCACCAACGCAUAUUGCGCUGCAUAUCCACAAGCGAAGUGUCGGAUAAAUAACUGUGGAGGAUGCUCACCAGAGUUUACAACAGGCAUUUACCUUAUACAGGACUGUAACUCCAGAGAAUGCCCAAAGAACACGCUUGAAAUGGUUUGUAAAGAUGAUCCUUGUAAAUAUUCCACCUGUAGAAAAUACGAAGAUAAGAACCCAGUGUGCAGACCGAGUCGUUGUGGAGGAUGCAGAGCUAUGUGGUAUGUUAAUGGAGAGGAAGUUGAUUGUUAUGAACAAUAUGGCGUCGAUGUCCCUUGUCCAAAUGGAGAAAUCCGACAACAGUGUCCCAAGAGCACAUGUAGAUUUAAACAUUGUCCCGUAGAUAGAAGUAUCACAUGUGUAAUCAACAAUUGCGGAGGAUGUAAUAGGGAAUAUCAAAAACGCAUGCCGAAUGGAAAAACAAUCAUAGUUGACGAAUCAAGAUGCCAGGGCUGGUGGAACUUUCAAAGUGGACAGAAAAAGAAGAAACCAUUUGUGUCCAAAAAACGACCACUUCCAAGACCAAUCAACGAGCUCUCUCCUAAUGAACUGGACCCGAUGGCAAGAAGAAACAAUGAGCGAACGGUAAAUGCAAUCAACAAAUUUGAAGCAGCGCCAAAAGAUAGUUUGAAUAUGGAAGUAGAGCCAACAGUAGGAUCGAUAGCGAAAGCAUCACCAAGCGGAAAUGGUUUUCAACAAGGACUUCCUCCGCUAGUUCCAACAAAUCUCAUGGAGGAACAGGAAUUAGGAAUGCAGCAAUUUAUGCCAAAAUCAAAAUUUCCGGAAAUUCCUUCAGAUCCAAAUGCUGUUCAGGUUUUAGAAAAUCCUUUAAUCGAUUCACCAAUUCCCCUCAGCAAUGUCGAUACGCCAUCAAGUAACAUUGCUCCAGAUUAUCCAAACGAAAUUGGUGUCAAAUUUUUGGAAAAUUCUGCACCUUUUACAGCGGUAUCUGAAAAUAUACGAAAUACACAGACUCUCGAAAAUCCACUAAUCGACAACAUAAAUUCAAAAGUGUCUCCACAACAACCAGAUUUAGUAGGUGUUCAAGAAAUACAAAAUCCACUGUUAGUGGAUCAGGGACCUGGAUCAAGUUUAAAUGUUGUUCCACUCGAAAACAUCGCACCUUCUGUCCCCGCUAGUGACUUAUCUGUUCAAACACUUGAAAACUCACACAAUGGAGGCCGGGCAUCAAUUCUGUUAAAUACAAAUGUUCCAGUCUCAGUCCCACAGGAAAUUAAACAACCAGUACAAAACAGCUUUAAUGUUGAAUUCCUUGACACGACAACAAAAGCUUUUCCUUCCAAUCGAAAAAAUAGACGGAACCGACGCAGAUUUAGGGCAAAAGAAAAAGGUGCAAAAGUAUCCGGAUUGAAUUUCUGGAAGACAGACAUGCAGUUACCACCAGCUUUCUUUGAAUUUAUGCUACAAGGAAUGGGUUUUCAUGGGAUCCCCCUAGAAGGUUUACAGAAAAUGUGAUUUCCAUAACAGUUUACGCGUCACACUAUUUGAAAUCCAGAAAUCCAUUAGAAUUCUGAUUUGAAACCGACAGCAGACACAUCUCAUUUCAAGGACAAUGUAUUUUUCAUCAAGGAUAAUUUGAUUCUUAAAUACAUUUGCAUCGUAGAAACACCUGUAAAUUAUUAGAAAAUAGAAAUUAAACAAAUUUAUUCAAAAACAAGUUUGAAUGCAAUGGCGACUAAAGGACAUGAUACUUUGGUUGAUGCCAAGGUCACCAAUCGAUUUGAAAAUCAACGUUUUCACCCUUAAUCACUGAAGUUGAAUUAAUAUUAGGACGAUGAUCAGAUAUAUGUGAGUACUUAAAAGUUAUUGACAAUUGGGUUACAUGUCAAGAGUGAUGUAUUUCGGCACCAAUAAUGUGAAAUAUAACCCAGGUUGUGUAACAUAUUCUUUAUCAAUUGUGAGUAUUUAACAAGUUUUAAUGAUGAAUAAUAGAAUAUUCUUUUGGCCUGCAUAAUAAUUCACUGAUUACACCUAAAACAAACAGCUCCAUAAAAUUCUUCAAGAUUAACCCUUGCAUCAAAAAAUGGUCAAGAAUUCACGUAAUAAUAUCAUUCAUUUUUUAGUAAUUUAUUUUCUUCGACAUGUACUGCAAUUAGUGAAGUGCCAAAAAUGAUAAUUUUAUGUGCCAAAACAACGGAUUUUUAGAGACAAAACUCUGAAUAAUAAACAUAUCCAAAUUUCAAAGGAAAAAGAACGCAUAUCUAUGACGUGCAAUGUCAAAUUAAUUUUGCACUUUUGUAGUGACACUUUUUGAUUAAUUAAUUUUAGUCAUUCUUAUUUGCACCUUUCUUUUUAUUACCUGUACAUCAUGUUAUAUUUAUUUAUGAGCUUUCAUGAAGUAGUUAUCAUGUAAAUAGUUUUGCAUUACUUUUUAUGUUCU